AUGUCCUGUGGUUCUAGAAACUUCUGGUCAUGGGGUCAAAAAGACUCUAUAGAAUAUCUAUUGAGUAUCAAUGAUACUUAUGGCAAUGAAGAAACAAUUGAAUCAUUUAUUAAAUUAUUGAAAUCCUUCCUUGAAAGUCAUAUUUAUGGAGAUAAAUCAACAUCUGAAGAGUCUAAUUCAUCAUUAUUUCCACAAACAUUUUUCUUAAAUUCUGAUAUUGUCCAGAUACAAGAUAAUGCCAUAUACUUAAAAACUCCACUAAAUAAUAUUUUUAGUCAACCAAAAUCCUUCAAAAAGGCUUUAUUUAUGAAAUUAAUCGAUAUAUUUAGUGGAUAUUACAUAUCAAUAUUAGGUGAUAUUAGGGAAGCGAUGCUAUAUAUUGGCCCACCGUAUAUUAAAGGGAAGAUGUGUGACAAUGAACAUGAUUAUGAUGACGGAAUAGAUAUAGAGGCAAAUGAUAUUUUAAUUAACAAAUUGGAGAUAAGGUGGGUUGAUUAUUUCAUUGAUUGUUCAAAUGUAUUGUUAGAAUAUUUAGAAGAUAACUUAAAAGCUGAUUUAAUAGGGAAUUCAGUGGAAAAAUUGGCUCUGCUAUAUAUUUUAAUAUUAUAUAUAAUAAUUUCUCACUUUAAAUCAGAUAAAUACACUGGAAAUUACUUGGAAAUCGUGAAUAGGAUGCAAGCUAUGGAGUUCUCUAAUUACGAAUUGUAUUAUUGGUUUGUAACUAUUGUUAUUCAAAUUAGGAAUUUAGGUAUAUAUAGCUUAGAAUGUGGCGAUUGGUUUUUUGAUUUAAUAUUUAAAUACCAGUAUAUCCAAUAUGGAUGGAUAUAUUAUAAGCAGUUUACUUUUAAUAUGAUUAUGCGAGGUAAUUAUGAUGCAAAAGUAUUAACCUUAUGUAAAAAGUGGGUAUCUGUAGAUCAACCAUUAUUGAAACAAAUAGUAAAUUUAUUGAUUAAUAAGAAUAUAAGUCUAACCCAAAGAAAGUUUGAAAGUGUAACAAAACCUGUAGCAGAUAGAAUGGAAAGUUCGUUAUAUAAGAAUGAUCCUGAUAAAAUUAAUAUAAAAAAUGAAGAUGGAGAUAAUUCGUUAGGAGAGUGUAUAGUAUGUGAAGAUUUCCAGAAAGAUCAUGAAAAUGAUGAUAGUAUAGAUACUUUGAAUAAUUUAUGUUAUGAACUUAUAUUUUUGCUUUCUAAUACAUUAGGUAUAGUAUUUAAAGACAAUACUAUAAUGACAGUACUAGAUAACAAUUAUAAGCGCAAUGGACAAUAUGUUGAAGUAUUUGUGAUAGUGGAUUUAUUGGAGGAAAUUAUUAGUAAUAAGAAAUUUUACAUAAAUCAUAAGAUAUUCAAUGAGUCACUAAGAUUACUAAUAUGUAAUAUUGCUACCUUGGCAGCCUUAUAUAAUCCUAGAAUUGGUUAUUCAACUGUAAAUAUGGAUGUAAUAUCAAAUAACAUUGAAAUUUCAUAUUUUAAGGAUAUGAAAUUCAGAAAGAAACUACAUAAUCAUCAUUGUAAUUUAUUUUUAAAAAUUUUUAUUAUUACUGAUACAUUGAUAUCUAGAUCUAAAUCUAUAUCAAUUGAUAAUCCUUCAUAUUCAUUACUUUCUAUAUCCUCAUGUUCAUCACUAUCUUCUUUGUCACAAUUGUCCUCAUCAUCUUUAGAUAUUUCACUAUUCCUUAUACUAUGGACAAAUUAUUCUUUACUAGCAUAUAGAAAUUAUACUUAUUUCUAUUAUUAUGGAUCAAUCCUUAAUAAUGCAAUGUUAAGAUGUUUUGGGAACUUGGUUAAAUUAAAAUAUUCCUUAGAUGUAUUAUGCGAAAUUACAUUUUUAAUGUCUGAUGAAACUAAAGGAAAUAUACCAUUAAUAUUUUAUUCUAAGCUUCACUUCAUUAAGGUAUUGUGGACACAAAUGUGGAGAAUAUAUUGCUUAGAAAUAAAGGAUAUCUACUUUGAACAGGAGGAAGAUAAUGUAGAAAAUUAUAGAUUUUAUUCGAUACCAUAUAUAAAGUACUUUGUUGAAUUCCUUCUAAUAUUUGAUAAAGUAGCUAAUACAACCAAUAUCAUGGAUGAUGCUGAAGAGGAUCACUCUGAAGAAUCUUUAAUAUUUAUGGAUUACCAGAUGAUUGAACUCGUUAGUGUCAUUUGCUCGGCAUUGUUCAAAAAUAACUUAGAUUCUGUUGAUAAUAAGAUCUGUUCAUUGAUGGCAAUAAUUUCAAUUCUUGAAGAUCCUUCUAUUUUUGCAAAUUAUAUACAUAGUCGGAUAAUAAUGUCACAAAGUAUAGAUUAUAAUUAUAUUCGGGAUUGUCUGAGGAAGUAUAGUAAAUAUUGGAAUUGUAAUAUUCGAGUGAUAUUUUUUGCAUCAAUAGUAGAUCUCUAUAUUAUUUUGCAGAAACAAUCUCUUUUUAGUAUUAUCAAGAGUUUAAUAUUUAUAUUUGAUGGUGACUCUGGAGUUUUUGAAAAAAGUUUUUAUUUGUACAAAAUUAGGGUAAUAAGAAGUAUGAUCUCAAACAGUGACUACUUACUUCUUCAGGAUAAACUGAUAAAUACUGAUUUAUAUUCUAUUUCUGACUUGGACUCAGAUUGUCUAGUAAAGGAUGAGAUAUUCUUUGGAUGUUAUUCAAUUGAUUUAUAUAGUAUAAUUCAACGUAUUCAACAUGGUCUAGAUGAUACGUCAAUAUCUGCUUCUCCAUCAUCUCUUUCAACUACAAUAAACAAAAAACACUCUUCACUAGUUAUAACGGAUUCGGAAAUUAUAUAUGACUUUAUUACUAAAUUAAACCCAUUAUAUGAACGAUUAAUCUACAAUUUAGAUGAAAUUAAUUCAUACAUAAGAUAUAUAGGGAAUUUGAUAUACCAAUACUACUAUUAUGUAUUUAAUUCAACGGAUUUUAGAGUGCAUAUUUCUGAAUUUACUAAAAAGUUCGCCAUUGAAAGUAUAUUGGAUAAUUUUGAAGAUAGUACGAAGUAUGUUGGUGAUGAACACUUUUUGUGUGAUGAACAGAAAUCUAGAGAUCUUGUUCUUUAUAGUAAGUUGAUAAUUAGAUUGGUAUUUAUUUCUGUUUGGAUUAUAUGCAAACAAAGUAGAAAUAAGUUUAAAGAUUUGUCAAGACUUUGUUUAUUUUCAAUUGUCCCAAGCUUAUUUGGUCUAGAUAAAACAGACGGCAUAAAUAAAUCUAAGUACUUCAGUAGUAAUAUACUAGAGCAAUAUCAGCUAACUAAGACUUACCUAUCUUAUAUAUCAAUAAUACAGUCACUAUUAUUCUCCCUUGAUGCAGAUUCAAUUUCAGCAGAGAUAAAGAGAAUAACAAGCUGGGAUAACUUAAAAUGCUUACAAAUUUAUCUUAUUCUUUGUUUUUUAAAUGAAAGUAAAAAGAAUCACAUUAAUUAUGACAGAUUUUACUGUAUAAAUAUUAGGAAUUUAUUCACUUAUAUAAAGUAUACUGAUGAUAUAUACUUUAGGGAAAUUGAAUCUAUACACAAUUCGAGCAAUAUUGAAUUAAUUAAAGUUCAGAAUCAACAUGAAUCUAUAGAGUCUAUUUUACUUCACAAUUAUAUUCUCUUCAUAUCUCUUGCUUUAUCGACAAUUACAUUAUUCUCAGAAAUCAGAAGUUACUGUAAUAGAGUAACUACAUUCAAAUACAAGCAGGGAAGUGUAGAAUUCGAUGACUUAACUGAGGAUUAUGAAGAGUUAAUUAACAAUUUAAUCUCUUGUAUAUGGAACUUUUAUGAAAGUUAUCCAACAUUAAAGGAUCUAUUUGUAAAAGUGUUUCUAAGUAAUAUUGCUACAACUGAAAUAUUCGAAAAUGUAUGUUCACAACUGUAUAAUAAAAUUUACUGGCAAAAACUAUUAAGUAGAUGUAAAUUUAAAAGUGAGGUGACCCACAAUGAAAAUUUAAAAGUGAAUAAUUUAUCUAUUAAUCAAUAUAUCGCCAUUGAGUAUAUUAUGGAAUACUAUAUAUGUAAUAAUACAACAUGUGAAAUUGAAAAAUAUAUAGACACUAUUUUAGCCUCUAUAAUAAAUAAUAAAGUAUUUAAAUUAUAUGAAUCUUGGUUAUUAUUGUCAUUCUGGAAAAAGUAUCCAAAUAGAUUUUAUAAGCAUAUAAAACUUAAUGGAAAUACAUGGAUUUUUGACUUUAUUAUAGAAUACUUGUUUAGCUGCUCAUUAAUGCUUAGAACUGAAGAGAAAAGUUACAAAUCAAAUAAUAAUAAUCCAACAAUGUAUUUACCAAACUUUGAUUUGUAUAACUUGUUUUCAUUUUUGUUAUAUAAUUACUACCCUCAAUUAUACCAUGACAGGCUAAGUAAUAGGCUCUUAAAAUUCUACCUAAUGAAUCAUGUAUGUUUGAAAAGGAAUAAAUUCAGAUUUGAAUCAAAAAAUUGGGUACAUAAAGUUCAUAGCAAAUUUGAAUACUGUGAUCAAAAUUUUAUUGACUAUCUUCAUUAUAUUGGUCAUUUAUUGCCAACAAAGACAGUUAUAUAUCUUCUAUGUAAUCAGUUUGCAUCGGAAAAAAAGAAGAUCUUUUCUUCAAUUUCUCAUCAUAGCCAUUAUUCACUCAAUAGUACAGUAAUUAUUUAUAGUUGUAUGAAGUCACUUCUGCGUGCUAGUAUUAAAGAUUGGGAGCUAUUAUUAUUGCAAUAUAUUGAAAUUAUUAAGAGUUCUAAAACUAAUUUUGAACUAAUACUUUUGGGAUUAUUAGAUAUGGCAUUAUAUAACUCUGAAUUUGCUCAGAUAUUAUCUCUUUAUGCAAAUGAUAUGAAUUCAAGUAGAGUACAGUUACUUCAAAAGUGCAUUUUUGAAGAGAGUUGUUGGCUAUCUGAUUAUAAUAAUAAUCUAAUUAUACAUACAAACAAAGAUAUUAUAAUAAAUAGGAUAAAGACAAUAAAUAUACCAGAAGAUACAUUAUUGCAUAGAUUUUCUGGAUUAUCUUCGUUAUCAGAUAUUUCUAAAUUAUUUGAUCUGUCACAACCCAAUAUACAAUUUACAUUUUUUUAUAUACUAUGUGAACUUGGAGAAAUAGUAACAUCCAAUUUUAAAAAUGAGAAAAAUCAUACGAAAGUAAUAACGGAUAAAUGUAAAACAGUUGAAUGGACAAAUUCAAAAAAAAAUUUAAUAAGGAAAAUAGAGAUGACCCAGCAAUUAAAUAACUUAGUAUGUGAAGUAGUCAAUAUGCCAGAAUUUAAAGACUUGCAAUUUUUAAAUAUUAAUUUAUUGAAGUCUAAUUAUCUAGAUACAACAUGUAUGGCAAUAAACAAAGUGCAGAAGCUACGAAUUCUUCAAAGUGCAAAAAAUAUUCCAUAUCUAUUAUCACUGGAACUAAUCAAUGAUGGAAAUGCAAAUAAGGAACCUCACAACGAACUGAAACAGUACGGAUUAUCAGUAAAAGGGCGUUCUGUAUCAGUAAUGGAUUUAUCAGAUCCAUUUAAAAGAAAGUGUAAUAUAAAUGUUAUUAUUAAAUCUAAUGAUGACUGUCGUCAGGAUGUAAUAACAAUGCAAUAUAUUCACGUAUUCCAAAGAAUAUUUAGUAGCUGUGGUAUACCUGUAUGGCUGUAUCCAUAUAGAGUAUUACCAAUGAUAAUAAAAAAUAAAAAUAAUAAGUACAUAUAUGGCGGUAUAAUUGAAUAUAUAGAGAAAAGUAUAUCUUUACAUGAAAUACAUGAGAAACAUCCAGGAGGACUUAAAGAAUACUUUCAAAAAACUUUUGUACAAGAUAAAUCUAAAAUAUCCUAUCAACAAGCACGAUAUAAUUUUAUAGCUAGUUUAGCUGGUUAUUCAAUUGCAUGCUAUGUAUUACAGAUAAAAGAUCGUCAUAAUGGGAAUCUAUUAGUUACAAAAGAUGGUCAUAUUAUACAUAUUGACUAUGGAUUUAUAUUUGACAUAUCUCCUGGAAAUAAUUUACAUUUUGAAAGAGCUGCAUUCAAAGUGACUCAAGAGAUGUUGGAAUUAAUGGAAAAUGAAGUUGAUUUAUUUGAUGAUUUGUGUUUAUCUGGUUUUCUUGCAGUUCGGAAUCAUGCUGAUACAUUGCUAUCACUUACUCAAUUAUUGUUAAAUAGUGGCAUUCCUUGUUUUAGAGGUAAUACAAUUGAUAAACUCAAACAAAGAUUGUUACUAAAUUUAACUCAACAGCAAGCUUCAAAUUUAUUUGCAAAGAAAAUUCAUAAUGCUCAUAAUCACAUCACAACUAAAGGAUAUGAUCUUGUGCAAUUUAUUCAACAAGGUAUUAGGUAA